CUGAGUAACGGAGCAGCAAUUUCGUGGCUGCGUCAAAACGGUUAUCCCGAAUUUUCCGCGUCUGUUUUACUGCGAUGAUUCCAUCAAGGCGUUUGUUUGCAGUACUUUGCCCAUCGUCGCCGUCAUCGCCGUCAUCAUCAUUAUUAUUUCCCUUCUGGAGGACGGGCAGUUGAAACGGAAGAAAGUGACCGUCGGGUGUGAAACUUAAGGACGGACCCAACGCCGAAGCCUCCGCUGUUGCAGUCCGGCGCGAUGAGCGGAGUCGAUGUCGCGAACGAGAGCCUCGCCGCUCUGCACAACGGCACCGCGUCCAAGAACCUCGCCGGCGGGCGGUGUCCCGGUGUGGAUACGAACCCCGCGACUCUCACCGUCGUCCCCGUCAUGUACGGCCUCAUAUUCGUGGCGGGCCUCGUGGGCAACGCAAUGGUGGUGGCGGUCGUGCUCAAGUAUCUGAAGCUCAGGAACGUCGCCAACGUGUACAUCGUGAACCUGGCGACGGCCGACCUCGUGUUCGUGACCACCCUGCCUCUCUGGGCCGCCUCCGUGGCGCGCGGCUACGACUGGCCCUUCGGCGGCUUCCUCUGCAGGGUGUCGGCCACCGUCGUCAGCGUCAACAUGUACGCCAGCAUCCUGCUGCUCGCCUGCAUGAGCGUCGACCGCUACCUGGCCAUCGUGCGGCCGCUGCAGUCGCGCGGCGGACGCACGCGCAGGCGCGCCCGCGCGGCCUGCGUCGCCGUGUGGGUCACGGCAGCGCUCCUCAGCGUGCCCGUGGCCGUCUUCAGGGUGACCUUCGUCCACCGCGGCAGAACGGUGUGCGCCCUGCGCUACCCGAGCGCGCGCACCUGGUUCCUGGCGAUGAACGUCACCCGCAACGUGGCCGGCUUCCUCGUGCCCUUCCUCGUCAUCGUCACCUGCUACUGCCUCAUCGGCAGGACGCUGCUGCGCCGCGGCGGCGACGUCGUCAGGCGGGACAAGGUGCUGCCCGCCGUGCUGGCCGUGGUGUUGGCCUUCCUGCUAUGCUGGCUGCCCUACCACGUGCUCACGCUGCUGGACACGCUCGUCCGCCUGCGCGUGCUGCGGGGAUGCGGCAUCACGGUGGCCGUCGACGGAGCCAUGCCGAUCGCGGUGGUCGUAGCCUACACCAACAGCUGCCUCAACCCACUGCUCUACAGCUUCGUGGGCAAGGGUUUCCGGCAGGGCUUCGGCCGGCUACUGCGGCUCAGCGCCUACGUGCCGCCGCCGCUCGCCAGCUCGUUCACUCGCUCGAGCUCGCUGCGCUCCCGCGUGGUCGAGAUGGAGAACAUUCGCUGA